ACGACAUUAGAUUUUGCAUACUAAAUCGUUCAUCUGCAGUCUUUUAGCGAUCGUUGGAAGUGCUCUUUCUAUAUGCGACACAUUCUACCGUCGACCCCAGUUCGUCGCUUCGUCACAACCAGCACAAUGGCUGGCCAACAGAAGGACAUCACCAUUAUCGGCGGCGGCAUCAUUGGCUGCAGCACUGCCUACUACCUGACGCGCCACCCCUCCUACUCCCCCGAAACCCACCGCAUCACUCUCCUCGAAGCAUCCACCUCCAACUCGGGCGGCCGAACAGCAGACAGCAUCACCGAUCCCGCGACAUUGGCCGAUCCCGAAUCGCAGUCGAAGUGGAAGAGAAACCCGGCGCACGACGGCAUCGCUGGAGGUGCCAGCGGGAAAGCCGGCGGCCUGCUCGCGCUGUGGGCCUUCCCGCAGAACAUCGUGCCUCUGAGCUUCCGAUUACACGACGAGCUGGCGAAAGAGCACGACGGCCACAAGCGAUGGGGAUACCGCCGCUGCUAUGCCAGUCAGGUUGACUGCCGGGCCCGGCUGCCGCCUGGGUUCAGCUCGCAGGACGAUGACGCGACCGCCGCGGAGGUCGCGGGUGAUGCCAUCGAGGGCCUGCACAGGGACCACAAGAAAACGACCAAGGCCCUGAAAAAGCUGGGCGCUCCCGAGGACCUGGAUUGGCUGGAUACCGAACACGCGCUCAGCAGCUACGAUAACAUGGGAACGCCGGACAACACGGCGCAGGUGCACCCGGAACUUUUCACCCGGAGCCUGGCGCAGCUUGCCGAAGAGAGGGGGGUCAAGAUUGUUACGGGGGCAAGAGUCACCACGAUCAACAAGGCCGCAGACGGUCGAGCUGUCAAGAAUGUUGUCUACGAGAAGGACGGAAAGCAAGAAACAUUACCGACAACAGAGUGCGUAGUCGCCGCAGGUCCCUGGACGUCGCGGCUUCUACCGAACGUCCCCGUCACCGCAUCACGGGCACACAGUGUCGUCAUCCAGACGCCGAAGCCAGUAUCAGCAUACGCUUUGUUUACAUCGAUCGUCCUCCCGUCUGGUUUCCCGACACCGACCAAGGAGAAAGCGCGCGGAUCCAAGGCUGCCCAGGGGCCGCUGAAGAGGACGCAAGUAGUCGAGCCAGAGAUCUACGCGCGACCGGACGGCACCGCAUACGCUUGUGGACCUACAGACCAAACCGUCGAGCUUCCCACGACGAACGCAGACGUGGAGGUCGACGAGGCGCGGUGCGACGAUAUCUUGCACCAGGUUGGUGGCAUCAGCGACGAGCUGGGUAAGGACGGCAAGGUCCUGGCUAAGCAGGCAUGUUAUCUACCCCAAGGCGGGCCGUGGAUCGGUGAGGUCGGCGGCACCAAAGGUUUGAUUGUAGCAGCGGGACAUACCUGCUGGGGUAUUCAGAACGCGCCAGGCACCGGCAAACUCGUCAGUGAGCUUGUCCUUGAUGGCGCGACGAAAAGUGCGAAACUUGGCGGUUGCGAUGCUUCGAGAUUCUUAUGACCGGACUGGAUGAGUGUGCAGUGUGGCAGGCCUUUGGCCAUGAUUGAUCAGAAGCGUAGCAGACGACAUUGCAACUGAAUAGAGUAAACAGCCAGUGAAAUCUACGGGCCGUUAUGAGCAAGAACUAUCCAAUACUAGACCAGGGGCUUUAAGAAUUAAACCGGGUAUUAUAAACAUAAU